GCGACUUUUCCAAAAAUCUGCUUUCACACAGCUCAUACAUGCACAGCCUCAGUAAAGCGAAAACCCACAUAAACCUCCGAAAUAGUUUCGCAUGCACACUGCAUUUUUUGUGUCUCAGCUACUUUUUGUCCAUCUUCCCCUGUGUACUGAAAGAAGCGUCGCUUGAUAGAUUACUUACUAGCUUAAUCCUGUGCAAGAGAAAAAUAGGUCGCGUUCAGUAGGUCAAGACAAGAAGUACCAUUUCUCUUCGUGCUUCUUGCACCAGCAGCUUAAUAAGCCACGUCCUCCUCUCGUCCUCUCGAGUGCCCUCUUCUCGUCUUGCACAAAGCCGGGCUUGAUUGCGAAAAUCGGGAGCCGUGCUUGACGAACAAGAUGAGUUCUGCCCAUAACCCCACCGACGACGGGGAGUGCACCACCGGAAACUGAGGACCAUCGACAUCGGAGCUCUUCGCGGAUGGUAUGGUUUAUUUUCAUCGUAAGAUCGUCCAUUUGCAUUUUCUUGCAGUCCACAAAAAUUUGAAUUUGUGUGUGCAUCAUGGAUGUGCAUGAAAAGUUGAACCUCGUCGCAUAGCAUACUAGCAACAGAAAUCACACCAAAACUACGAACACUAACAGCUCCACCGGCCGUGAAUGUGGGUCCUUCGCUCGCCUCCAGCACAACGGCCGAAGGACGACACUGCGCCGCCACCACAGAUGUGGACGACUCCUGUCAGGAGCCGGAGCUGGACCGGCGGAGUACCUGUUGCGCGUUGGCCACGAUGGUGUGCUCCAUUCCAGCGUUGGUCGGAAGCUGAUGCUGGCCGCUGUUGUUAGCCAGCGCCUUUUAUGCACUGCAAAUAUGUCUGGGUCUGAAUGAGUGCGAGAUUUGUCAUGCUCGUCUGGCAUGACGAGGAGCCCUGUAUUGCGUGGCCAGCAAGAGAUCCUCUGGUCUGUCAUGCAAAAACGCUGUUUCUCAUGCGGAAUACGCAACACAAAGCCACGGAAAAAUCUGUCAUGCGUGGCGAUGCAUUACAAUGCACCCCCUAAUAUUCACUAACAUGCAUCACAACUUUCCAGACCCAGACAUAUUUGCAUUUGAUACUUUUUCGGGCUUGUCCCGGCUGAAUACCGCCGCGAGUCGGCAAUUUUCGCAUAUUACAGUGAAAAACGCCCCCACACCGAAAGUUGCAAAAAUUUGUGAUGCGAAGUUUCCAAAUGAAAACUUUUUGCCAUGCAUGAAAGGAGUAUGAAGAGAAUCUCUCUGAUGCAGAGCCUGGGCGUGUAUCGCAUCGCUUGCAUGACAAGCGCCACUCUUGCUGGGGUCUUUUGCAAUACAGAUUUUUGCUAUUGACGAGCGGAAACCUGUGAUGCUGAUAGAUGCAAGUGGGCAAAUGUUUCAUUUGGAAAGGCUUGCAAUGCAAACGCUCCCGAGUUCGGGGGUGGGGGCAUUUUUCAUUGUAAUAUCGCACUCCCUCACAUUUGGGAUGAACAUGGCCAUUUUCACAAACAUGAUUCAGUUCAUGAUCGUCAAGUGCAAAGCGCACCCAGUCAGGGUACUUCAAUUUUCAAUUUGUUGUACGUACUACAGAAAGAGCCUUGCCUGAUGAAAAGCAGCUACAACUUUGAAUCUAUCAAAAUGCUACCUCGUUUCACAUGAAGAUGAUCCAUCACACCACAGAGCAAGCGUCCGCACUUCGAGAAGUUUGGUCCCUGUUACCUCCUCGUCCUUGCCACCGUUCUGAUCCUCACUGACCUGGUUCGGCACUUGAUGAACGACGCGUGGGGCAUGCACUGUGACCCGCGGGGGAAACACCAGUACCCCGAAGUGCCCGCCCAGUACUCGGACUUCUGCUACAGUACCGGCUUCGCAGGGAUGUACAAUUCGGACGGCACGUUGAACUUUUACGGUGUCAUGUUCUCUAUCGUGUUCACCUGGACCGGGUUCGCCUGUCUGUUCGUCGGCAUUUUUUGGGGCAUCGACUUCCACCGCAAGCUCCGGCUGCAGUGGAGGCAGCUCCGGGGCGGGCGAAGCGGAACAAAUGUGGUCCGGAACAACACCGCUGCGGGGCCGACAGCCGCGAGCAACAACGACCGACCGCUCCUGGCAAGCGUGUAG